GAGUGACAGUGCUGUCUCUCUAGGCAUCGCUAAAGUGGUGUAUCUUCCACUACCUCACAAAGUAUACGUAGCGAUGGAACAAUCACAGGUGUUGUGUGUGGACAAGGGUGACUUUGUCUAAUGGACCCUAACCUAUUCGGACAUAUAUAACGGUUCAGCCGUCCACAAUCGCCCUCUCACUACGACCUCAAUGUUUCAACAUGGAUUUUGAUGUAGUUAGAUUGACGUAACUUCCUAUCCUCGAUGUAACGGUGGGUCGGGAUGUGGGAAAUGUCCCCCACACGAUUGCCAUCGCUGUGUGCAUGUAAGGAUGGCUAUUACGAAUGUCGGAGGGGGAGAUUUGACACUGUUUCGGAGAGACGUACACUUGUUUAUGAAUGGGGCCAUAUACACUGCUACAAGGAAUAUAAUGAUAAAAUAAUUAAUGAUACGACCUUCAAUGUUUUUCCAGACAUUUCUCAACGGUAUCAGGACACGAGGAAAUUAACUUGAAAGGAUGUCCUGGUUCCAAGCAUUUCGGGGCGAGUAUGGAUUCACGUACUAUGGAGAGAAAAGGACAGCCGUUACCACAGACGUGUCUCUUGCUGCAGUUAUAUACGCAUGCGCACUCAUUUCUUUGGCAACCCUGAUUGCUGCUGCUGGAAUUCGCGGGAAAGAACGUUGGUAUACCCUCCUACGAGUGCUGUACAGCUUGGCCGUCGGUUCUACCAUUAUACUGUCCAUAUUUGGGUAUUGUUGGAUGGAAGGUAGCAGCAAGGUGAAGGCUCCUUACAUAUACAGAUCAGGGGCCAAGAUUGAGGGUGAAGUCGGCGUGAUCAUCGGUCUGCGGAAGAUCAAUAUCACUUUGAAAGGAAUGUUUGAAUCUGGUGGUGGAGAAGUAUCCUACAACGAGGAGAUCAAAUUGGACGGAGUAACUGUUCCUAAUUGGGAAUUAAAAGAAUGUCUGACGAGAGGUCUACCAGAUCCAGUGGUUGCUAUAGUCGAGUAUCUGGCGACUGAUCAAGGAGGUCUACGGUGGGGGCGUGGCUUCACAAUGGCUGGCUAUAUCGCGCAUAUCCUUUUAUGGACCUCCUUUUCGUUUUGGUUUCUGGCUAACAUACUGCUGUGCAGUGUGGUUUUCUACGGAGCGGCGCUGUAUACCCUGACGGGAAUAUGCAUGAUUUUGUCUAAUAUUUCAUAUCACGUGCUGCAACCAACCAGAGAUAUGCGCAUGCUCUGUUCAGACAGUGACUUCACUAUCAAGUAUGGCAUCUGUUUCUGGGCCGUUUUUGCCGUUGGUGUGAUAACCACGGUGGUCGGACUCGGGAUGAUACUUAUGGACUAUUUAAAUCCAAAGUUGCUUGCCACAUUUUUUAUGAUUGACAGCCAGUGUGGCGAUGACCAGACUGAUGCGUCGCUUCUUAAUCAAACGAAAUCGUCCCUCAUUUACAAAUAUACAUCAGUACCAAAAAAACAUGAGACGUCAUUAUUCUCUCCCGGAUAUCGGAGUAACUAACAAAAGUUUCGACUUCGGCGAGCUGAAGAAAUCAAAUCCGGUUUUCGAGGAAAAAGAGGAAAAUGAAGCUCUGGAAAAUGACAGCCAUUCAAAUAACAAAUCAGAAAGGACGAAAAACAACAAUAACUCAAAGUUUCAUAUCGGAGAAGAUCAAAUUGUGAUUGAGGAUGAAACAAAUAGACAUAACAAUCUUACGAUACCAGGCCCGACGGAGAGAAAUGUGGUGUCCUCGGCGCUGUAAUAAUCUUACUGUACCGGGCCCGACGGAGAGAAAUGUGGUGUCCUCGGCGCUGUAAUAAUCUUACUGUACCGGGCCUUACGGAGAGAAGUGUGGUGUCGUCGGCGCUGUAAUAAUCUUACUGUACCGGGCCCGACGGAGAGAAAUGUGGUGUCCUAGGCGCUGUAAUAAUCUUACUGUACCGGGCCUUACGGAGAGAAGUGUGGUGUCGUCGGCGCGGGAUGAAAGGCCACCAAAUAGUGCUAUACAGACUAAAACACUAUGUUUCGGGGUGUUUUGAUGAAAAAGGACAUCAUAAUCCACACAGUAGAAUAAUAAACCAUUGUGCAGAUUUCACCCUCUCUCUCCAGAAAUACAGACAAUGGGUGACUCCAAACUACAACUAACUCGAAAAUCCAAAAGUGCUUCAGAAUGUAUGGUGUUUGUAUGCGAUAAGUGAGUGAAUGCAAGAGAAUGAAUUUUAAUUUUCUCUAUAAAAAGAAAAGGAAACUUUUUGAGAGACUGCUAGCAUUUCAGAACAAUGUAAUUUUCGAAAAAAAAGGUUUCGGAAUGUUCGAUUGUUGGAGUUUUUCACUACAUAUAUAUUCCAAUCUUAUCAGUGAAUCUUAUAAUUUCGAUUAUCUAUGUCGAUUUUGAAAACUACAAAACAUCACAAAUUUGAUAUUUGAAUGAGUGUGUGUGUUUGUUAUCCAGAUGUAAUCAAUGGAUGUGUGUGUUAUUACACAGGGUGUAGUCAUGAUGUAAUCCAUGGAUGUGUGUGUUAUCACACAGGGUGUAGUCAUGAUGUAAUCCAUGGAUGUGUGUGUUAUCACACAGGAUGUAGUCAUAAUGUAAUCCAUGGAUGAGUGUGUUAUCACACAGGAUGUAGUCAUAAUGUAAUCCAUGGAUGUGUGUGUUAUUACACAGGAUGUAGUCAUGAUGCAAUCCAUGGCUGUGUGUGUUAUCACACAGGGUGUAGUCAUAAUGUAAUCCAUGGAUGUGUGUGUUAUCACACAGAGUGUAGUCAUAAUGUAAUCCAUGGAUGUGUGUGUUAUCACACAGGGUGUAGUCAUGAUGCAAUCCAUGGCUGUGUGUGUUAUCACACAGGGUGUAGUCAUAAUAUAAUCCAUGGAUGUGUGUGUUAUUACACAGGAUGUAGUCAUAAUGUAAUCCAUGGAUGUGUGUGUUAUCACACAGGGUGUAGCCAUAAUGUAAUCCAUGGAUGGGUGUGUUAUCACACAGGGCCUAGUCAUGAUGUAAUCCAUGGAUGUGUGUGUUAUCACACAGGGUGUAGUAAUGAUCUAAUCCAUGGAUGUAUGUGUUAUCACACAGGGUGUAGUAAUGAUCUAAUCCAUGG